AUGUGUCCAUCUCGUCUUCCAUAUUUCUUUUCACUGUCUACCCGUCUUGUCUUCAAUAUUUCCCUUUUGCGUCCAUCUUGUCUCAAUUUCCUUCAAUGUGUCCAUCUGUCUUCCAUAUUUCUUUCACUGUCACCCGUCUUUGUCUUCAAUAUUUCCUUGUGUCCAUCUGAUGUGUCCAUCUUUGUCUUCCAUAUUUUUUCAUUCAAUGUGUGUCCAUCUUGUGUCCAUUUGUCUUCAUAUUUCUUUCCAAUGUGUCCAUCUGUCUUGUCUUCUCAAUGUUUCCUCUUGUUCAUGUGUCCAUCUUGUCUUCCAUAUUCCCAUUCAAAUGUGUGUCCAUCUCGUCUUCCAUAUUUCUUUCACUGUUCACCUGUCUUGUCUUCAAUAUUUCCUUCGAUGUGUGUCCAUCUUGUCUUCAAUAUUCCCUUCCAAUGUGUGUCCAUCUUGCCUUCCAUAUUUCUUUCACUGUUCACCUGUCUUGUCUUCACAUUUCCUUCUGAUGUGUGUCCAUCUUGUCUUCACUAUUCCCUUCAAUGUGUCCAUCUCUGUCUUCCAUAUUUCUUUCACUGUCUACCUGUCUUGUCUUCCCGUGAUGUGUCCAUCUUGUCUUCAAUAUUCCUCUUCACUGUGUCCAUCUUGUCUUCCAUAUUUUCCACUGUCUUCUUGUCAACAAUAUUUCCUUCUGAUGUGUCCAUCUUUGUCUUCAAUAUUCCUCUGUGUGUCCAUCUCUGUCUUCCAUACCUGUUCCACCGUCUUGUCAAUAUUUCCUUCUGA